CCGUGACGUCACGGCGCCGCUUUCCGGUGGCUGAGUCGAGCUGAGGUUGUUGUGGGCCGGGGGCGCCAUGGGGGCGACUGGCGACACCGAGCAGCCGCGGGGCCCCGGCGUGGCGGAACGAGGCGGCCUGGAGUUGGGCGACGCGGGCGCGGCGGGGCAGCCGGUUCUCACGAACCCUUGGAACAUAAUGAUAAAACACCGGCAGGUGCAGCGAAGGGGCCGCCGCUCUCAGAUGACCACAAGUUUCACGGAUCCCGCUAUCUCUAUGGAUCUCCUCCGUGCGGUCUUGCAGCCAAGCAUCAAUGAGGAGAUCCAGAGUGUCUUCAACAAGUACAUGAAGUUCUUCCAGAAGGCAGCACUGAAUGUGCGAGACAAUGUCGGGGAAGAAGUGGACGCGGAGCAGCUGAUUCAGGAGGCCUGCCGGAGCUGCCUGGAGCAGGCAAAGUUACUCUUUUCAGAUGGAGAAAAAGUAAUACCCAGAUUGACCCAUGAACUUCCAGGGAUCAAGCGUGGCCGGCAAGCAGAAGAGGAGUCCCACCGAGGAAGCCCUAUUCCCAAAAAGAGGAAAGGUCGGCCUCCUGGACACGUCCUGUCAAAUGACCGGGCAGCUGCUGGCAUGGUCAGAUGGAAACCAAAAUCCUGUGAACCAAUUCGCCGAGAAGGCCCCAAGUGGGACCCAGCUCGGCUGAAUGAAUCGACCACCUUUGUUUUGGGGUCUCGAGCCAACAAGGCCUUAGGGAUGGGAGGCACCAGAGGGAGAAUCUACAUCAAGCACCCACACCUCUUUAAGUAUGCAGCAGAUCCUCAGGACAAGCACUGGCUAGCCGAGCAGCACCAUAUGAGAGCGACCGGCGGAAAGAUGGCCUACCUUCUCAUUGAGGAGGACAUUCGAGACUUGGCUGCCAGUGAUGACUACAGAGGAUGCUUGGACCUGAAGUUGGAGGAGCUGAAGUCGUUUGUCCUGCCAUCCUGGAUGGUUGAAAAGAUGCGGAAGUACAUGGAGACACUACGGACUGAAAAUGAGCAUCGUGCUGCUGAAGCUCCUCCCCAGACCUGAGCCAGGUGUUCUGGUUACACUUGGCAGCCUGCCUCCAAGACCCUCUUCCCCGACUGACCGGCUGAGGCCAUCUGGGGACUGGGUCUCGUUGGAUCUUAGCAGCAUUAAGCUGUCCCUGACCUAGUUUGUAGUGACUCACUGCAGAGCACCCAGACUGGCAUGUGGUUCUGUUUUUAAAGUUACUGGACUAAGAAGCAAUUAAACAGUUUGUAAUAAACCA